AUGUCUGAAAGUAUUCUUGAAGGAAAUCUUGAGGAAAAGCUUAAGCAUUUAGAAGCCUUUAGCAGCUGUGAUGUCGCCGAUGCACUUCUCAAGAUGGACAAUCCUUAUGGAGGUUUUUUGCCUGAUAUUGUUAUGUUUUCUCCAGAAUACCUGGCUGGAAAUUCAAAAUUAAUCGGACCUGUUUUUACUGUAAAAUGUGUUCCCGUAUCCGAUGUUACUUCUCCAAAGCCAAGCCAGCAUUUUGCUGACGCAACUCCAGCAAAUAGUGUUGUAUUUGUGUCUGCGCCACCAAAUACUAUAAAUGCUGUAUGGGGAGGCUUGAUGAAUACGAGAGCUAAAAUGCGUGGAGCCAAAGGAGUUGUUGUGGAUGGUCGUGUUCGGGAUCUUGAAGAACUCCGAGCUGAUGGAUUACCAAUCUUUGCUAAAGCGAUUUCUGUCUUAUCUGCUAAAGCAUUUACCCGUCCGACAUCUUUUAAUGAACCAGUUAUUCUAAAUGGGAAUUACGAUCCACAAAUUAGAAUCAAUCCUGGUGAUAUAAUAAUUGCGGAUUUGAAUGGAGUAGUAUGCAUCCCUCAACAAGAUUUGGAUCGUGUAUUAGAAUUAUGUGACAAAUAUGUUGCAAUGGAUCAAAAAGUCAAGGAGGAAUUACUAAAAGGCACAACCAUUGAACAAUCAUUUGCAUUACAUCGUAAAUGA